AUGCGUUUCUCUCGUCUCGUGCUUCAGCUUCGUAUCCGCAGUCUCAGGUAUCAAUUUUCCACUUUUACCAUGUCAACUGCUUUAAUUCCUAUAGCCGACGAUUCAGAAGAGAUUGAAGCCAUUACUCUAGCUGACGUCCUAACUCGCGGUGGUGUCCAAGUGACAUUAGCUACAGUUGGAAAGAAACCACAGAAUCUUGUAAAGAUGUCACGUGGUGUAAAGAUACAGGGAGAUGUAUCCAUUGAGGAAUGUCUUGGCAAGAACUUUGACCUCAUCGUGUGUCCUGGCGGAAUGCCUGGCGCAGAGCACCUUCGUGACUCAAAGGAGCUAGUGGAUUUGCUGAAGAAGCAGAAAGAAGACGGUAAAUUGUACGGUGCCAUUUGUGCCGCUCCUGCUGUCGUUCUGCAUACGCACGGACUGCUGGCUUCUGGUCCAGCCACGAGUUAUCCAAGCUUUGAGUCCAAGAUGACGGGAGUGGACUAUAAACAUGAGAACGUUGUGGUGAAUGGCAAAUGUGUAACUAGUCAAGGUCCAGGUACUGCUAUGGCCAUGGGAGUGAAGCUAGUUGAGCUGCUAUGUGGUACUGAGAAGGCCCACACGGUUGCUCAAGGACUGCUCAACACCCCAAUGCCGUAA